GUGGGGAGGAUUCGUGAAAAAUCACGAGGAAUUCAUGCCGUCGAGUGUCCUUUAAGGCAAAGGAUGCUUUGAAUUUUGCGCAGUUUGCGUGCGGUUUUCGGAGCAAAAGGAUGCAGCAGUAACCAGCAGCAGCUGAACGAGAAAAGAAAUCAACAAAGUUAGCCGUCGAAACACAGCCUCAACAGCGGGUUAAAUUUUUCUAGUCUAAGAGUUUGUCCACAGUGUUUGAACUUUAAAAAAAAACAAGAAAGAAAAACCUCUAAAUAAACUCAACUUAAGUGUGAAUAUUUAAAACGAAAAUAAAAAACAUUUUAAAGUGACUCGUGGGAAUCGGAAAAUUAAGUCAAGAGAAAAGUGCGAAAAGUUUUGGGCUCUGCAAGGACCCUUGGAUUACCUUGCGGGGCGAGCGGAAUAGAAAUUGGAAUCGGUAUCAGGAGAUAUAUAUAACUAUAGCCCGGCGGAUGCAUCGAAGCGACGUGGAAAUAAAUCAAAAGGAAACCGAAGAAGAAACAAAUCGAAAGAGGCUGCAGUCAAAAAGAAGAUAUUGCAGUUGCAACAACUUCGAUUAAAGCUGCAACACACAGCCCAUUAAGUGCUGGAAAAAAAGGGGGAAAAAAGAAAAGGAUUCGUCGUCUCUUCCUACACAACUACCAUCACUUUUUUUCGUGCAGUGCAUAUAUAUUUUUAAGCCAACAAAGACCACGACGAGGACGCCGCCGGCAGUGAGCAGCGGUUGAAGCGUCGCUGCUGCCGCAGAAAAUGGCCGCAGCGACAACAGCAGCAGCAACAGCAGCAGCAAUAACAAUAGCAGCAACAUCGGCAACAGCAAUAGCAACAUGAAUGAAACCUGCAGCCACGUUGCACGGCAACGCCGAUGAUGAUAACGAUGAUAAUGACAAUGAUGAUGAUGACGAUGACGACGAUGCUGUUGAUGCAGACGAAGAUGACGACGUUGCCGAGUUGCAGUUUCAAGAGCCAAAACACAAUGCCAAGUGCCAACAACAAGCUGAGCGAAGGGGGAAAUUAAGUGCCAAAGGCAACCGCAGCAACAGCAACUGCAGCAACAGCAACUGCAACAGCGAAAAGAUUUUUCACUAGCAAAGCAGAAUCAAAACUGAAUUUACAUAACAAAACAGGAGCAGCCAAACUAGAAGUGGAAAAAUCGUAGAAGAUUCUUCAUUUUCAUCUUCUCAGAAUAUAAGAAGAAAGAGACAGAGGCAGCUGCCAACAUACCCGGCAGCAACAUGUCGUCUUCAGUGGGCGUUAGGCGACGUGGCGCCAUCUGGAUGUUGCUACUGUUAACCACCACUUUGACUAGUGGUGGCUGGGCGGCGCCCACAGUGGCGGGGCAAAAGGAACCGCAGCAACAGCAACACCACCACUACCACCAUCUGGAAAUCGGAGUGCAGGGCAAUACGCCCACGCUUGUGGAGGCGAGCACCACCAGAGGCGGGAAACAUGCUCCACUGGCUAUGACUAAGGCAGCAGCAAUGCCUAGCACUAGCACCACCACAGAGAUGCCAAGAGCCACUGAUCAGGUGCAGGUGGACAAAGAAGUGCCAACCACUAAAACGGAAACAUCUGCAAUAAGCACCACUGAAGGAAGUAGCACUGAAAGGAGCAGCACUCAAAGAAGCAGCACUGAAAGUAGAAGCACCACUGCAAGUAUUCCUACCAAGAGUAGCCCCACUGAAAGUAGAAGCACCACUGAAAGUAGAAGCACAACUGAAGGUAGCAGCACCACUGAAAGUAGCAGCACCACUGAAAGAAGCAUCACCACUGAAAGUAGCAGCACUCAACGACGUACCACUAAAGGUAGCUUUACCAAAAGUAGCACCAUAGAACGAAGCACCACUGAAGGAAGCACCACUGAAGGAAGCAGCACCACUGCUAGUAUCAGCACCACUGAAAAACCAAAAGCAACCAACGAAACACAAAGAACCAGCACCACUGAAAGGCCAUCCCCAGUAAACGAGGAGACAACGGCACUCUUAGAAAACAAAGAAGACUUGCAAGUGAUGCAGCUCUUGGACUUGGAGCAUACUAUUGCACCACCAUUGGACAGCGGACACGAUGGCCUUAAGCUGACCAAAAAGAAGCAGCUGCAGCAGCAGCAUUUCCCCACAACCACAGUGGCCACGACCACCAUUGAAACGGAAAUGGAAAGGAUACCCACAACGAGCAGCACCACCACAACCACCACCACUACUACUACCGCUAGUACCACCACCAAAGCAUCAUCACCAGUGGUCACACCCCUGCUGCCCGUACACAAUGGCUAUCUGGGACCUAUCUUUAUGGGCGAGAAAACCUUCAGUGUGGUGCAUCCUCUAAAGAAACCACAGCCAGUUAACCACCAGCAUGUGGCUUCGGUUGAGAGCCAGUUAAAGAACGGCCGCUUGGUGGAGAUAUUGGCGCCCACAGCACUGCUCGAGCAGAUUUCCGAGACCAGCACCACUCAUGCCCCACCCUUAGGAGCUGCCUCAGUGCUCUCCACCACCGUUUUCCAGGUACCCGAACUGCAGACCAGCACCACCCGUCUGCCCACUAAUAACAAUCUCGUUGUUGGUGGUGCAGAACUUCUUCUCCCGCCACCUCGCACUGAGUCCAAGAUCUCGGACAUACAAAUCGAAGUCUAUGACUCGACGGUGGAUUCCAUUGUGGCUUCAACGAAUUUCCGCGACAGCGAAGGUUUCUAUGCACCACCACAGAGUCCCGUGGAACUUGGCACCACCAAGCCGCCGCACGAGAUGUCAAUGCCGCAGGAGCGGUUCACCCAGUACGUGAUCGAUCGAGCGGAUGUGUCUACCCAACCAGCAUCGGGUGGUGCUAGUGGUGCAGCAUUGGGCAAGCCAGAACCAGCGGCCAUCGAGAUCCACAUCAAUGUCUCAGAGGCCUUUGGCAGCGAAAGUGAGGAUCUGGAGUUCUCCUAUCGCCAGCCUUCCUUGGUGGCUGAGAAACCAGGAAAACCAGGCGAUGAAAUCCUAGUCGUGGAGAUCAUUGACAGUGGUGCGGACAAUAGCAGCUCGGAAUCGGGUGGUUCAUCCUCUUCAGCGAGUGGUGAACACAUUAAUCCGAUCUUCACUUUCCGCAAUUCCGAUGCAGCUGCUGCACCACCUCCACCCGUUCGACCACCCCAGUCCGUUCAAGAUGCCGAUGAGCUCUUCAUGGCCGACCUGAAGGACGGUGGUGGUUCAGUGCCACGUCCGCCACCUCCACCGCCGCCACCACCACCACGAAAACCUAUCAUCGAUCGUGAUUCGGAUACAAUCUUCUAUAUUUCCAACACGGAAGUCAAGGUGGGUGAAUCGCUGCCCACCCAGGGUCCAGUGGGUGAACAGCAGCGCAAGUUCCAGCUGGAGAAUCAAUUCUUCCCGGCCAGCUAUGUGAUGGAUUCCCAGCAACAGAAACAGCAAUCCCAGCAACCCGAUGAGGAUAUCAUUCUAUCACCACUGCACCACAGUACCGAUUCUCUGAAGAUCUUCCGCAGCUCUUCGUCGAACAGUGGCGAUGGUGCCCCACCGUUGGACGUCACCUAUGUGGGUGAGUCCGUUAUCGAGGUGGAGCAACAGCCGCAAAGCUGGAGCAGCACUGCCCAACCGCCACAGCAGCAGGAUAUCAUCAUUCAGCCAGCAGUACUGCCCGAUUUGGCCAUUGGAGUGCCAGUGAUCGGGGAACUACCGCCACAGAUCGAGCUCAAGGAGAUCGACUAUAUGCCCGGUGAACUGGGAAUGGGUCAGAAUGGUAUCGGCAUCUACGAGAAUGACAUCCAGAGCAACAGCAUUGAUAGUGAACCGGAUGUAAUCGAGAGUUCCAUUCAGUAUGGUGGUGAUCUAAUUGAUGAUGGCGCUGGCGGUGGUUUUGAUGGCGUCGAAGGUUCUUAUCCCUUUGAGAGUCCCGCCCACCGCCAGCUGCAGGUGGGUGUAGGUCAUGGCUUGAGCCAUCAGCCUUAUCAUCAGUCUGCCAACCACUUGCAUCGCGAACAACUUCCCGUGGCGGAGAUGGUUAAUGCCACGCUUCUUCAGCGUUAUGAUAGUGGAUCUGGUUCGGGAUCGGGAUCGGGAUCGGGAUCGGGUUCGGGUUCUGCCUCGGCAAUGGCUCCUUUGCUGGCCAGUGGCAGUGGCAGGUCUGCUAAUGCCACUGCUCUAUCGGAUGAUCCUUUGGCUGAUUAUGAUGGUUUCUUCAAUCUUUUUGCUGUCUCAAUGGGUCUCAUAAUUGUUAUCCUGCCUUCAGCUCUACUAGUUUCUAUGUACUGCGCUAUCAAGUAUGUGUUGAGCAAAAAUGGAGGACCAGGCUCGGGUGGCGCCCAAGGCGAUGACAGCGAACAGGGCCAGGACUCCAAGCACGAGUCAGAAUCGUCGUCAUUCUCAUCAUUUGGCUCGGCAUUUGCAUCCGCCAGCGCCACCAUUUCCACAUCCCCACUACCACGACCACACCUAGAGCUGCCUAACCGCCCACCUCCUACUAGUAUCGCGCCCCCAAGCGUCAGCAGUCAAGGCCAUUUACUAACGCCUGGUCUAGAGUGCCUCGAGUUUCGAUUCGAAGGGGGUGGUGGCUGUAAGGUGGUGGCAGGUCAGAUGGGUCAGGUGGGGAAUGGUAAUGGGAAUGGGAGUGGUGGCACUACUACCAUCAUCAUUGGUGGCGGCUCAAGUGGCGGCUUUGCUCCCUGUGGCUCUGUCACCAAGAUGACGCUCAAAGAUAAUCAUCUGAUUGUUGUCACCGAGGAGCGGCACGAUAUCUCACGAAAUGCCCGAGAGACGAAAAUGCAUACGGACAAGGAUGGCGUCUUUGUGGUGGAGGUGGCCCGUGGCUGCGAUUCUAAGCAACUGACUGGUGAUAUGUCCGGCGUAACCUUGGACUCCACCGAACUGCCCUUUGAUAACAACAAAAUGACCACCGCCAAUGGGGGACAUUUGAUGGAUAAAACUCUGCCACCCAGUCAUGAGCAAGUACAGAUUCAUACCCCUCCCCAGGACUUUGCCACUGGCCAUCCGGCUCCACUGCAUCUCAUCGAGGAGGCCGAGGAACAUGUCGCUGAGGAUUUGGUUCAGCAUGUUGUCGAAGCUCACUCUAAUCUGGCUCGCACUGGCCUCUCCCAAUCGGAUCUCAGUUCGACUUCGUCCAAUGACUCUAAUAAAAGGUACUCCUAUGGCAACCAGGAACUCUAUGUCAUCGAACAGCCGGGCUAUGCCACAAGUUCACCCACAGCUAAGCCCAUCUUGAUAAGCCCAAAUCAAAAUCCAGGACAGGAACUGGAACAGAAGUCGGCUCAACCUGAGCAAACUGAGAACGAUUCUAGUCAAGAAUCCAAGAAAUCAAUUGAGGAUGUUGGUAAGUCAGCAAAGGAUGCACCAAUCCCGGAAAAAGAACCAGAAGUUCUUCCGGAAAAGGUGACUGAGAUUACUCCCCAAAGGGAAGAGGAAACUCAACCUAAAGAGCAGAUAGAAUCUACACCAGAAAACAAGUCUGUUGUCCCGGAAAAUGUGACAGAGGUUCCACCUAAAGAAGAAGGGGAGGUAGUUCCCUCUGAUGAGGAAGUUCUUCCACCAAAAGAGGAAGUUCUUCCACCAAAAGAAGAAGUUCUUCCACAAAAAGAAGAAGUUCUUCCACCAAAAGAGGAAGUGCCUCCACCAAAAGAAGAACUUCUUCCCCCAAACGAGGAAGUCCCUCCACCAACAGUUGAAGUCUCUCCACCGCAAGAAGAGCAAGUCCAGCUUGUCUCACAGCCCGAAAAGGAGUCCGAGGACAAACCAGACGAAGUCCAAGCCGAAUCAAAACCAGAUCCCAGUGAGAUCUCAGCCGAAACCGAAAAGGAAACCGAACUACCCAUUGAAUCUCAACCAGAAGAUCUACCAGAAAUCGAAAACAACCCCGAUGCCGAGAGUAACUAUGACAGCCUGAUGAGCCUACCAGCGCCACCAUCCACGGAGGAGAUCAAGGAGCUGGGCGACUACACUCUCAUCGAAUCCAAUCAACUGGAUAGCCUGCCACCGCCACCGCCACCACCACCGCUCCUCGAGCCACAAAGUACACCGCCAGCUAGCGUUAGGCCAGAGGAUCAGAGAUCACCAACCACCAUUAAUGGUAUGGGCAAGGUCACGGUGUUGACCACCAGCACUGGUGCCGCAGCAGCAGCAGCAGCAGCAGCAGAGGAGCCACCAUCCACCCUGACACCACCCGCCUCGCCACCAGCCACCCCACCGCCAUCGCAGACGCAGUAUGCCAACAGCAAUGGGUUAACCAAUGGCCUACAUGCCCUGGCCGUUGUCGAUGUGAAUGGCAGUUAAGAAAGGCCAGGUGCCAGGUGUCAGGUAAGAAGAUAUGACUUUUUUUUCAUCUCGGAAACGAAUCUCAUAGAGAUCAGCUUGGGUUAGAAAGCGAGUUUAGAACCGAGGUUAGCUAGCUAUUAAGGUUUAACUAGGAAGUACUGACAAAAAAUUUCACCCUAACAAAUAUAGAAAACUGUGGCAAAAGGAAAAAAUGUUUCCAAACGAAAGGAAAAACUAAAAGAAGAAAAACUUAAAUUUAAAUAUACACUAAAAUAGAGAGAAACUUUUUCCACUUACUGUUUGUUGAUUUUCGAAUAUAACGAAUAAAAAAUAACAAUUAAAUGCGAUUAAUAUAAAUAUAAAUAUAAAUCAUAAUUAAUUGUUUGUCUAUUUGCGGCUGGCAGCCCCACUUCCCCACUUCUUCACUUCCCCACCAACAACAAACCAGCCAUUGUGUGUCCACCCAUAACAACCUCUCUCUCUCUAUCUCUAUCUCUAUCUCUAUCUCUCUAUCUACUUUUGAGGGGGGAGGUGGUGCAGCUAACGAGUAUUUCAAUGUCUAUAAACUACAAUAAACCAAAAACAAAAAAAAAAGAAAGAAAAA